GCCAGGAAGUCCGCCGGCCUGCGCCAGGGCGGGCCCCCCUCGCCCGGCUCGCAGGUCGUCUCGCCCACGGUGUUUCGACACGUGGCCGUGCAGGACCCGCAGGAUUCCGCGUCCGCGGGCGACUGCGGCGCCGAGAGCGAGGUGGCGCACACAGGGUUCAUGAACCCCGUGGCGCAGCUUCCUAUCGGUUCUGAGGCGACGGAGGCUGCCGCGGACGCAGGAGCGGGUGAAGAGAUGGACGUCGAUUCGGUGAGGGGCGUGCUGAGCACCGACGCGGCCCCGCCGAAGGUCAUGGAGGUCUCCUUCGAGGGCGACGCCGCCCCAGAGCGGAAGGUCGAGAAGAGGAAGGUGAAUAUCAAAGGACGCGCCACCGGGGCCACCGUUCAGCAGGGCUCCGCCGCCCCCGAGACCAGCGAAAUCCCGCCCGAGGAGCUCCGCAGGCAGUCCAGGGACUUCAAGCCCUCCGAGCACCAGGCGCAGCAUGCGCCCAGUGACGCUGGGCUGGAGGAAGACAGGGCCCCGCAGCCGGACCGCGCCUCGCAGCCCAGGGGCCCCGUCGGGUCUCCCGACGCCGACGCCAGCAGCGACGACCUGUCGGAGGCCGACAUGGGCGAGUUCGCGGACGAGUGGAGGGCCGCAUUCAACCGCUUCAAGGCGCCGGGCGAGCGCGAGGCGCACGUGGACGAGCUCGGCGAGCUGCUCCGUUUCCUGGGGCACGGGCUCACGCUCCCCGAGCACUACGGGCCGCUCCUGAGGGAGGUCACGAAGUACGUCCACAUCGACUUCGAGGAGUUCUACACCUUCAUGGUGAAGUACCAGAAGUGGGAGCGACGCAAGAUGAAGGCGAUCUUCCGGGAGUACGACGUCGACGGCAGCGGCGAGAUCUCGAUCAACGAGCUAAGGAAUG